UAAGGGAAUAAUUAAGAUGUGCCGCUCUCUCUUCUGACAUGGCUUUAAAUUGCAGUGAGUCUCAGGAAACAUAUGCAAUUCUUGAUUUCGUUCCACUUGUGUUCUCCAAAUGAUUAGGUUAGAAGAGGAGAGGGUGGAGCGGAGACGAAGACCGUUGUGGAAGAGGGUGUUUUCAAUGCUGAAAACGGAGUCGGAGUUGAGUGAAGGUGGGAGCAGAAGCAGAUCCCAUGCCAAUGGAUUCAUAAUUCAUCCUCAUAACUGGUGGUACGUGGCAUGGACGCAUUUCAUACUGAUAUGGGCAAUAUACUCCUCCUUCUUCACACCCCUGGAGUUCGGGUUUUUCAGAGGACUCCCAGAGAACCUUUUCCUCUUAGACAUUGCUGGCCAACUUGCCUUUCUCUUCGAUAUUGUCGUACACUUUUUCCUUGCCUAUCGCCACACUCACUCCCAUCAUUUGGUUUACGAUCGCAGGCUCAUCGCCCUCAGGUACUUGAAAUCUCGUUUUAUUGUUGAUUUCCUUGGAUGUUUGCCUUGGGAUGCUAUUUAUAAGGUUUGUGGACGAAAAGAGCCUAUUAGAUACAUGCUAUGGAUUAGGCUAAGUCGGGCUCUACGAGUGACAGAAUUUUUCGAGAAGUUGGAGAAAGACAUUCGAAUCAAUUACCUUUUCAUCAGGAUUGUUAAGCUUAUUGUGGUUGAAUACUAUUGCACACAUGCUGCUGGUUGCAUCUUUUACUAUCUUGCUACAACAGUUCCUCCUUCCAAGGAAGGUUACACAUGGAUAGGAAGUUUACAAAUGGGUGAAUAUCGUUAUUCAAAUUUCAGGGAGAUUGAUCUGUGGAAGCGGUAUAUAUUAUCUCUCUAUUUCUCUGUUGUAACCAUGGUAACUGUUGGUUAUGGAGACAUACAUGCAGUCAAUGUCAGAGAAAUGAUAUUUGUGAUGAUUUAUGUUUCUUUUGACAUGAUUCUGGGUGCUUAUUUGCUCGGUAACAUGGCAGCCUUGAUAGUAAAAGGAUCAAAGACAGAAAGGUUUAGGGAUAAAAUGGCGGACCUUAUCAAAUACAUGAAUAGAAAUAAUCUUGACAAGCAAAUAAGUAAGGAGAUUAAAGGCCACCUAAGAUUACAGUAUGAUUGUAGUUAUACUGAGGCAAGUGCUCUUCAAGAUAUUCCAGCUUCUAUUCGCACCAAGAUUUCACAGAAAUUAUAUGAGCCAUUCAUCAAAGAAGUUUUUCUAUUCAAGGGUUGCUCAACAGGAUUCAUUAAGCAAAUUGCAAUUAAAGUCCAUGAGGAGUUUUUCCUUCCAGGGGAAGUGAUUAUUGAACAGGGAAAUGUAGUCGACCAACUCUAUAUUGUUUGUCAUGGAAAACUGGUGGAAGUAGGGAGAGGCAAAAAUGAUGAAACUGGGGAUCCUCUCAUGGAUCUCCAAACUUAUAGCUCUUUUGGUGAAGUUUCUUUCCUCUGCAACACUCCUCAGCCUUACACAAUCCAAGUUCGUGAGUUAUGUAAGGUUUUACGAAUUGAUAAACGAUCAUUUAUGGAGAUCAUUGAGAUAUACUUUUCUGAUGGAAGGAUUAUCUUGAACAACCUUCUUGAGGGAAAAGAUGCCAAUAUGAAAAAUGAAAUAUUGGAGUCGGAUGUUACCCUUUAUAUUGGAAAGCUUGAAUCGGAGCUAGCUGCAAGAUUGAAUUGUGCUGCCUACAAUGGAGAUUUGCAUCGACUGAAACGUCUCAUUGGAGCUGGAGCGGAUCCCAAUAAGACUGAUUAUGAUGGAAGAUCACCCUUGCACAUUGCAGCAUCCAGAGGAUAUGAAGAUAUAACCGGUUUUCUUAUUGAACAAAAGGUAGACCUGAACAUAUCAGAUAAGUUUGGGAACACUCCUUUACUUGAAGCCAUCAAGCAUGGGCAUGACCAAGUUACUUAUUUACUUGUUCAAGCGGGAGCAUUACUUGCAAUGGACGAUGCUUCUUCUUUUCUCUGUAUGACUGUUGCAAGAAGGGAUUUGGAUCUCCUAAAACGUGCUUUGGCUGGUGGCAUCGAUCCAAAUGCCAAAAGCUAUGACUACCGAACACCACUUCAUGUUGCUGCCUCAGAAGGGCUAUAUUUUGUGGCCAAAACACUUAUUGAAGCAGGAGCUAGCGUUUUGUCAAUAGACAGAUGGGGAAAUACUCCAGUUGAUGAUGCCCGCAUAGGUGGAAAUAGAAAUUUGAUUGCAUUGCUUGAAGCUGCAAGAGCUUCUCAAAUGGCUGACUUCUUUGAUCAUCCUCAACAAAUUCGAGGGGAGAUGUGGAAGAAAAAAUGCACAGUUUUCCCAUAUCAUCCAUGGCAUGAAAAGGAGAAGAAAAGACAGGGAGUGGUGUUAUGGGUGCCGCAAAGCAUGAAUGAACUCGUCAAGGAAGCCAAGGAGCAGUUACAAUGUGGUGAUGGUUAUUGCUGCAUUUUGUCCCAGGAUGGUGCUAAAGUUCUUGAUACCAGUAUGAUUAGUAAUGAUCAAAAGCUAUUUUUGGUUAAUGGAUCGUAAGACACUUCACGUAUAGUUCUUUAGCAACUUCAUACACACACACAACACACUAUCUGAUAUUUUACGAGCAAGUAAUAAAUCAGAAUACUACUUUGAAGUUUCACUUUGAAUAUAUAUUUUUCCUUAUAUAAUUAAUGUAUUUGUUAUGGGUGGACAUUA